AUGGCUCCCGCGGACACUCCGGGAGGCGCUCGGCUCCUCCUGCACUGCCUCUCCCUCCUCUCCAGCACCGGAGGAGCCGCCUUCCACGGCCCCGUCUCCGAGACCCCCCACCCCACCCCCCCGACCCCCCCCAGGACCCCGGUGCCCGGCCCGCGGCCCCCGCACCCGUUCGGCGGCACCGCGCGCCCUGCCCUGGGCGGGGACCGGGACCGGGACGGGGCUCCCCGGCUCCCCCAGACCCCCGUCCCCGCCCACCCCCCGGGCGGGCAGCUCGGGGCGCGGUACGUCCUGACGCUCAGCCCCUCUCCCCUCCCCACCCCGAGCGGCCGGAGCCCCGCGGGCGCGUCGGGUGCCCCGCGGGUGGAGGUGGACGAGACGUGCCCUCUGGGGUCGGAGAUCGCCCGAGUGACGGCCGCGGACACCGACCGCCCGCGGGGCACCGCCGACCUGGUGUACCGCUCCCCUCUCCCCCACCCGCUCCUGUUCGUGGUCCCGGGCACCGGGCAGGUGCUGCUGGUGGGCUCUCUGCUCGGGGUGAGAGCCAUCGCCCUGGUGGUUGACGGCCGGGAUGGCGGUGCCCCCCCGCAGGUCAGCGACCCCCUGGCGGUGAUGGUCAGCGUGAAAGCCGCGGACCUGCAGCCCCGCAGGAGCAGGAGAGGGACCAGGACCAGGGCAGCGGCCGAGGACGUGUUCCACUCGGUCACGGUGUCCGAGCAGAGUAACGUCGGGGAUGUCAUCCUCGCCGUCCCCGACCGGACCUUUGGAGGGCGUUGGUUUGAGGUGAUCGCUCCGACCGACCCCCCGGUCCACAUCGAGAGGGAGACGGGCAAAGUGCACCUGCGGGAGAGGCUGCGCAGCCCCGAGGCUCUGCACAUCACCGUCCAGGUCAACAGCCAAGAGGGUGAUGAUUGGUAUCUAUACCAUUUGACGAUCAAUGUGUUGAGAGAGAGCUUCCCAGAGUGGACAAUGCCGCUAUAUCCCUAUUUGGCAACUGUAUCUCCAGAUGUUCCCAAGGGUACCCCUGUUUUCCAGCUUUCUGCUUGGGACUUCACUGAAGAUGCCAAUGAUGGAAUAGAAUACUUUCUAAAAGAGGGCGGCGAAGCGCGAUUCGAAGUUGACAGGAGCACAGGCAUCAUCAGGACCACAGGCUUGACUCUGCUCAGACACAAUGAAUAUGUGCUAACAGUGCUUGCUGUCGACAGACGAGGCAACAAAGGUCCUUAUGCAUCUAUUUUCAUUCUGGUCGGCUCCAGACCCCCACAGUUCACCAACGUGUCCUACAGUGUGUUUGUUUCUGAAAAUAGCCCAGCAGGACAGACGUUCGUAGUUGUAGAAGCCAUCUCGUUCCAGAAAAGACCUUUGUCAUACUCCCUGCUGAUCAAUCCCAGUAGUCUGUUCAGUGUAAACCAGGACAAUGGAGAGCUGAGCCUGACACACAGCAUUGAUUAUGAAACUGAGAACCACCUCUACCACCUGCUGGUCCGAGCGCUGGAAGCAGGCACAGGAUUCAGCAGUGUCACCGAGGUAGUAAUUCACAUUAAUGAUGAAAAUGACUGCAUGCCAGAGUUCCUCCACUCCAUCUACAGUCGUGACAACAUUCCUGAAACUAUUCCCGUGGGCACGUCCUUAUUGCAAGUGCUGGCACGGGACUGUGACACGGGCCCCAACGCAGACAUCUCCUACUUCGUCCAGACCACUGAGUUCGCUGUUACCCCUCAAGGGCUGAUCAGCCCAAAUCAUCAGCUGAACUACGAGCGACCCAAUCACAUGUACGAGUUUGUGGUUGUGGCUGUGGACAAAGGGCAUCCCCCUCGGACUGGAACAGCAUCGGUGCGGAUCAGGAUGACUAACGUCAAUGAUGAGGCCCCAGUGUUUUCACAGAACAUCUACAAGACUUUUCUCUCGGAAGAUGCAGGACCCAACAGUUUGGUUGCUACGGUUCAUGCAAAGGAUCCUGAUGGUGAUGGGGUGACUUACACGAUCACUGGAGGGAAUGAAGAGGGAAAUUUCGAACUGGACAGUCAGAAAGGUAUCAUCAAACUGCGCAGAAGCCCACUGCCAUUGCUGCAAGGACCCCAGUACGUCCUGAACAUCACAGCAACAGAUGACAACAGCUCAGGGGGUCCCAAGACCCUGAGCAGCAUCGCUCAUGUCAUCGUGGGAAUCAAUGAUGUGAAUAACAAUAAACCAGUCUUUAGAGAGUGUGCCAAGUACAGUGAAGAUGCCUAUGUUCUGGAGAACCAACCCCCAGGAACCUUUGUACUGCAAAUCGAGGCGUAUGAUGCUGAUCUCGGAGUGAAUGGGCAGGUGAAAUAUGGGUUCAUGCUCCGAGAUGGCCUUACUCCAGGUUUUCACAUUAAUCCUGACACCGGCUCAAUAACCACAACCCGCAGUUUUGAUCGGGAGAAGCAGAGGGAAUACACUGUGUCAGUGACAGCCACCGAUCAGGCUCAGGAGCCCCUGAUCAGCAUCUGUCAGAUAACCAUAGUCAUUGCCGAUGAAAACGACAACGACCCCAAGUUUGAGAACAGUCGUUACCAAUACUACUUGCGCGAAGAUACUCCAGUGGGCACUAGCUUCUUGCGUGCUGCGGCUCAUGACGAUGACCAGAGCACCAACGCCGUCAUCACAUAUUCCGUAUCACUCCAACAGCCUGAAUACUUCCAGAUCAAUCCCAGCACAGGCUGGAUUUAUGUCAACCAUCCCAUUUCUCAGGUAACUCACAUCAGUCGCCAAAUCCUAGCCACUGAUGGAGGCAAUCGAAGCAGCAGUGUAGAGCUAACAGUAACAAUUACUAACAUACAUAACCAGCCGCCCCGGUGGGAACAAGAAGAAUAUCGGGUAACAAUCCCUGAGAGCAGCACCCGGGACCUGAAGAUUGUGACCAUCAAAGCUACAUCUCCUCUGGGGGACCCACGGGUUACGUACAACCUUGAAGAGGGUCAGGUUCCCGAGACCAAUAUGCCUGUCCGGUUCUACCUGAAACCAAACCGUGCCAAUGGAUCCGCCUCUAUUCUAGUGGCAGAACCGCUGGAUUUUGAGGGCACAAAGUUUUUCACACUGAGAGUCCGGGCUCAGAAUGUGGCAGCGGUUCCAUUAGCCUCGUUCAGCACUAUCUACAUCAAUGUGACAGAUGUGAAUGACAACGUUCCAUUCUUUACAUCCUCCACAUACGAGGCUACGGUCCCUGAAGGGGCUGCAGUUGGUACCUCUGUAGUGCAGGUAUCAGCUACCGACCUUGAUACAGGACUACAUGGAAAGGUGAACUAUGCCAUACUGAAGGACCUCAGUGGAGAUUACCACUACUUCAGCAUUGAUUUUGAGACCGGACUGAUAUUCACGCAGACGUCCUUCGACAGAGAGGUGAAGGGGUCAUACCUGAUAGAAGUUCAGUCUCAAGACAACUCAGAGUCUGCUCGGCCAGGCAUGCACGGACAACCCAACACAGAUACGGCUUACGUGAGGAUUUUCAUCAGUGAUGUGAAUGAUAAUGCACCAAUCUUCCCACAGGAUGUCUACGAGAUAAGUGUAGAGGAGGACAAAGAUGUUGGGUUUGUUGUCAUAACAGCUCCAGCAAACGAUGAAGAUGAAGGGGCAAAUGCCAAACUGAGAUACCAGAUUACCUCAGGCAAUGUCAAAGGUAUGUUUGAUGUGGAGCCAGAAAUUGGGACCAUCUUCAUAGCUCAGCGACUGAACUAUGAAGAAGAGCAGCGUUACGAGCUGCGGUUGGUGGCAUCAGAUGGGAAGUGGGAGAACCAGACGAUGGUGAUCGUCAACGUUCUCAACAAGAAUGACGAGGCUCCAAUCUUCAGUCGGAAUGAAUAUCACGCCAACGUAGUGGAGGAGCUGCUGGACCUACCUGUGCUUGUCCUGCAGGUAUCAGCCAUUGACCCUGACCAGGAAGCAGACCAGAGUGCCCUGCGUUACUCUCUCCAUGGACAGGGGGCAAACAGUGAGUUUACCAUCGAUGAGGUGACUGGUAAAAUCUACGCCCAGCAGAAAUUGGACCGUGAGCACCGAUCGGUUUGGCGCUUCCUGGUCCUGGCCACCGAUGAUAACGGGGAGGGCCUCACGGGGUUCGCUGACGUGAUUGUCGAGGUGCGUGACGUGAAUGACAACCUGCCCUUGUUCCUGUGUGCCUCCGACGGCUGCUUUGUGGGACACGUCCCAGAAAAUUCCCCAGCCGACACAUCCAUCAUGGAGAUGACCGCAACGGAUCUGGAUGACACCAAGACUGGGAAGAACGCGAUAUUGACAUACAGGAUAAUCCAGAAUAUUCAGAACGAAAUCAACCUCAACCUGUUCUCCAUCAAUCCAUCCUCUGGGACGGUAUACACUGUGCUGGGAUCUCUGGACAGAGAGAAGGAAGAUAGGUACCUGGUGGUAGUGGAAGCUCAGGACGGAGGUGGCCUGACUGGGACCGGGACAGCCACUAUUUUGGUUUCAGAUGUGAACGAUCACACUCCAGUUUUCACGCAACACGUCUUCAUGGCCAAGAUCAGUGAGAACAUGGAACCAAACAGCAACGUUCUCAUGGUGUCCGCCAGUGAUGAGGACAAGGGGGAAAAUGCUCUUUUGACCUUCAGCAUCGUGGGCGGAGACAAAGAUCGGAAAUUCUUCAUCGAAACGAACAAGGCUGAUAUGAGUGCCACCAUCAAACUGAAGAAGCAGCUAGAUUACGAGAAGCCACAGGACAGGAGAUUCAAUUUAACUCUGAAAGUGGAAGACAUGGACUUUUCCAGCAAGGCUUCUUGUGUUAUUGAGGUGGAGGAUUACAAUGAUCAUGCUCCACUCUUCCAACCGCAGUAUUACGAAGCUGCUCCGUUGCCUGAAGAUGUCUUUAUCGGGACCAGAGUCGUCCAGGUCACCGCGGUCGAUCUGGACUCUUCCCAGAAUGGGGAAUUCACCUACAGUAUUGCGGAGAUUUCAGAUCCUCUUGGACAGUUCUCUGUGGAUGCCAACGGUUGGAUUAGCGUAGCCAGCGCCCUGGACCGCGAGUUGACUCCGCAGCACCAGUUAGUCAUUCUGGCCAUUGACUUUGGAAGUCCGGCCCUGACCGGGAGCGUGGCUGUUCUCCUCACUGUUCACGAUGUCAAUGACAAUGGGCCAGAAUUUGAGGCUCCAUAUAAGCCUAUUGUGUGGGAGAACACAGCUGCCCCACAGCUUACGCAGUUAAAUCAGACCUCAGUGCUGAUGUAUGCUAAAGACAAAGACAGUCCAGUCAAUGGAGCACCCUUCUCGUUCACCUUACUCAGUGCACAUGGGAAUUCCACGGAUUUUGCCUUGACAGAUUUUGGCAAUGGCAGCGCCGCUCUCACCGCGCUCCGCACGUUUGACAGGGAGGACCAGAAGGCGUUUUACCUGCCGGUGGUAAUGACCGACAGCGGAACGCCUCCCAUGACUUCCACAAACACAUUGACCAUCACCAUUGGAGACCGCAACGACCAUCCCCACUCAGCAGGUCACACGGAAUUCCUCGUCUACAACUACAAUGGUCAACUGGCUACCACUGAUUUGGGGAAGGUACAAGCCCCUGAUCUAGACGACUGGGAUGACAAAACAUACAGAUUUGAAGGAAUAUCACCCAGGCAUUUUACUCUCAAUGCAAAAUCAGGGUUGCUGAGCAUGACUGAGGGUACACCAUGUGGAUCAUACAACUUCCAGGUGAAGGUGAGGGAUGGUACCUGGCCAGAUGUGGUCUCCACAGUGCAGGUUAUUGUCAAAGAAUUGAAGGAGGCUGCCAUAUAUAACGCUGGCUCUCUCAGGCUGAGUGAUAUCACAGCUGAAGAGUUCAUCUCCCAGUCUGCUGGUGGAGAGAGCAGGUACAACAGGCUCAGGAUGUUCUUAGCUGAAAUAAUUCCAGCACAGCUUGAAGAUGUGCACAUUUUCAGCAUUGUGAAUGUCAAAGAUCGUACGAGAGAGGUGGACAUCUGGUUUGCAGCAGAAGAACCUCCAUUCUACAAGGCUGAGAAAAUGAAUGGCAAUAUGGAGGCUUCCAGAGCAGAGCUGGAAUCUGCCUUGGAUGUAAGGAUAUCUCAGAUCGCUGUGGAUCAAUGUGCCAACAUAGACUGCGGGGCAACAACUGGCUGCACAAGCCUCACUGCUUUCAACCCCACCCCAACAGUGCUCAGUGCUGGGAAUGUGUCAUUUGUUUCUGUGACAACAGCCACCACUGCUCAGUGCAUCUGCAAAGCCCGAGAAGAACAGCACUUGUCUUGUUCCUCCUAUCCGCGUAACCCUUGUCUGAACGGUGGGACUUGUAUCACAACUGAUUUGGGCUUCAGGUGUGAAUGUAGCCCGAUGUUUGAUGGGCCAGAGUGUCAGCAGACCAGGCAUACGUUUAGAGGCCAUGGUUACGCCUGGUUCCCUCCAAUCAAGCCUUGCUUUGAGAGCCUUAUUUCCCUCGAGUUCCUCACUGAAGCUCCCAAUGGUCUUCUGCUAUACAAUGGGCCAGUAACACAUGUGAGGGCUGGGGAGACAGAAGACUAUAUUACUUUAGAGCUCAGGAAUGGAGUGCCUACGCUCGGCAUCAAUCACGGCUCAGGAACACUCCGCCUCCAGCUGCCCUCUGAUGGCACUGUUGCUGAUCGACAUUGGCACCGUCUGGACAUCACAAGCAAUGGAAAGAGAGUGAAAAUGACACUUGACCAAUGUGCUGGUGCUGCAGUGAACGAGAAUGAAGGGACAGGAAGGGGACCAUCUGAAAUGGAUCGGAGCAUGUGUGAGAUCUCAGGGGAAACUCCUGGGGAAGCAAGGUUUCUAAAUGUUUACCAACCUCUUCAGCUGGGUGGAGUCAAGGAGUCGCUGCCAUACCAUAGCAAACAAGCGAAAUUCCCAGGAUUUGUGGGCUGCGUGCGGAAUCUGGUUGUUGACAGUAAGGUAUAUGACCUGGGAAACCCUGGGGAAUCCUCAAACAGCAGCCCAGGCUGUGCCGUGACUGAUGGGGUGUGCCACAGUGCUGGGACCUUCUCCUGUGGAGUUCAUGGGAAAUGUUUAGGGGAAUGGGGCUCUUUCAGCUGUGACUGCAAACCUGGCUACACAGGCUACAAGUGUGACAAAGCUCUGCCAGAAUGGUCUUUCGAAAAGGACAGUAUGAUUCAGCACCAGCAGAGAGGUGCUCUGAGCACUCGCAAAACACACACGCAACUGAUGCUUCGGACCCGGACUCCCAAUUCUUCUCUGUUCAGCCUGGCAUCCAAGGACAGAAGUGAAUACAUCGUACUGGAGAUUGUCGAUGGGUAUGUUGGAGUUCGUGCCAAUCUUGGUGACUGGGAACAUUCACUGAAGCUGCCAACAAUACGUGUCGACAAUGGGGAAUGGACCAUUGUAAACAUGGACCGACACGACAACGAAUUCACUCUACGUCUUGAGCAUGGAGGAGGUGCUCGUGAGGUUACCUCAGUCCUUGGUACUCACAGAGAAAUCCUGAUAGAUCCUUCUAGUCUGGUGUUGGGCAGCAGCCUUCCUGAACAUCCAGCAAGCGAUUUCCAAGGCUGUAUGCGUGAUGUCCGAUUAAACGGUCAUCUCCUGCCGCUGGAUGGGAAGAGUACAGCUUUGACCAUGACCCUGGAUCGACAAGGUGUGACAAUUGGUUGUCACUCAGAUGCUUGUAUCAACAGGCCCUGUAGCAUCCCAUUUAAUUGUGUGGACUUGUGGAGGAAACACGAGUGCAGGUGUCCAGCUGGUCAGACAGCACUGAGAGACAGCCACACAGGUCUCGAGCACUGCACUGUAUCACCCUGUGGACAAUGGACAUGUCGAAAUGGGGGCACGUGCAUCGCACAAACUGUUGUCCGCUUUGUUUGCCAUUGUGCAGAAGGUUAUAAAGGCCAGUGGUGUGAGAUCAGCCUGGUGACUUCAGGAUCCCCUGUGGGACUGAGCCUCACUUCCCUUCUGGCCAUCAGCAUGUGUCUGCUCCUGUUCUUAGUUUUGGUGGUUGGCUUCAGUGUCUGGUCAAUGUGUGGAAAGACUAAGUUCCAGAAAGGAGGAGUUUACCACAUUCCUGUAGAGCAUGAGAGCUGGGAAGAUGUUCGAGAAAACAUUCUGAAUUAUGAUGAGGAAGGAGGUGGAGAAGAGGAUCAGAAUGGCUAUGACAUCAGUGAACUAAAGAAACCUCUGCGAACAAGCCUGUCCCAGUCAUCCUCAGCAACAACAGCUCCACUGCUAAAGGUCUCUCCCGAUUCACAAGAGAAACCACAGGCGAGUCUGAAUCCUGGCCUUAACAUGACCCCUGCUGAAAUCAGUGCAUCCAGUACAUUAGACUUCAAGAAGUAUGUGUCUCGGAUUAUCUGGGAUGCAGACAAUGACCUGCGAGCCAUCCCUGAGGACACGGUGCACGUUUACUGCUUUGAGGGCCGGGGCUCACUGGCUGGCAGCCUCAGCUCUGUGGAAACAUCCAGCAUCGAGGAAGACUUGAACUACGAUUAUCUCAGAGACUGGGGCUCAAAGUUUGACAAACUGAAAGAGUUUUGUGGCCAUAAACAGGACAUUAGCGUACAAUGUUAGGGAGAGGGAUCGUAGUCGCCCAGAACAUUUUGGAAAUCCCUGAUGACAAAUCACCUGCAAUAUUAUCUAGCCAUUCCAUUUCUAGAUUAUUUUGAAAAUCAUUAAAAUGUUAUACUUUUAAAAGAUGAAGCUGAAUUUCAAACACGUCAGGUCUGCACAUAAAAUGAGAGGAGAGCAAGUUGCUCUUUUUUUAAAAAAAACUAGUUGUGUUGAACGUUUUGUGUUGUGGUGCUUUCAGACAGUCGUUUUUUUUUAAUUAUAAUGGCGUUUACAAAGACACUCAGCAUUAUACAAAGGACAUUUGCAUAUAUGCUGGUUUCUAGUGGAUGAAAUGUACAAAGAACGUAAAUUGUAUCUGCCUUGCAGAGGUAGAGUCAAAUAUAUAAGGACCACAAGCCAAAGAUGAGGUUCAAUCCCACAUUAAUGUCAGUAAUGAAAACAAAGCUACUGAUCUUCCAAGCGAUCCUAAAACCUGACUCAUUUGGAAUACAAAGUUCUCCUGUGCUACCAUCCCAGAUGUCAGAACUUACAAUUGUAAAACUUCCUGAUGGAAACAUUUGUCCUAGCCAAUGCUUUUCGAAAACACGAGGGGUGAAAAGUGCAAUGUUUCAUAACAAUUAAUAUUUAUCAAACACAUUAGCGAAUCUUGAAGCAUCACAUUUUUCAGCUCAUUGAACUCUGUAAAUAUCAUGUGGAACAUUAUCCAUGGUAACUGAUGUACCAACUCUUACAGUAACUCACUACCAUUGGAUUAUGGUGUGGUCCCUCUGAGAAUUACAAACUAGAUUGUAAGCACCCAGCAGUACUGUCCUCUUUCAAAUGGUGUUAAAUUAUUUUUGUACCAUAGCACGUUAAAUAUUUCUUUGAGAUGUAUUUAUUUUGUGUAUGUUAAUCUUCUGUACUGAAUUUUAGUGUAUUGGUGUAAUUUACAAUUGGAAGGCAAUGCGCUCUUCUCUGAUUCUCCUCCACUUGACGAAUACUGCCUGAAUAUUGGACUGUUAAUGCUUACAAGAAUACUGAGGUUCUUGGGGAUAAGUGUCCCAGUGAUGGAGGAACAGUUCUUAAUAAUGUAUUACUGUGAUAGUAUCCAUCAAUGGAUCAAUUGAAAUACAAUGCUCAUUAGCAAGAGGAAAUUCUAUUUACUGUGGAUUGGGUGGUUAACCAAAGGUUAACUGGUGUUAGAAUUUGCUAAACCUGUAAGCUAUAAUAGCAUGCUCUGUUGCAUUGAGAGUAUGCUAACUCUAAGGUUGUAAUGGAAUUAAUUUCUUUUUAAGUUAUUUAUAUUUUCCCCCCACUUCCCUUCUUUAUGACUGCCCACUUAGACCAAACAGAGACUGCAGACAUUCAGGUUGCUGCAAGAGGAGUCCUGUGGAAAAUUGGUUAUAGCACUCGCCUUGCAAGCAAGAG